CCUCCUGAUUCCUCAUCACAAUACUUAAAAAUAUAUAUCUUCAAUCUCCUGAAUUGCUUUCUUCCCUGAAAUCACUAUCUUCAUCCAUUCCACCAUCAGCCCUCCCUGACAAUGUCUACAAACAUCACUUUCCACGCCAGCGCCCUGACGCGCAGCGAACGCAGCGAACUCCGCAACCAACGCGGUCUCACAAUUUGGCUCACCGGUCUCUCCGCCUCGGGCAAAUCUACCAUUGCCGUCGAGCUCGAACGCCAGCUCCUCCGAGACCGGGGAGUCCACGCCUACCGUCUCGACGGUGACAACAUCCGCUUCGGACUCUGCAAGGACCUCGGCUUCAGCGAGAAGGACCGCAACGAGAAUAUCCGUCGGAUUGGGGAGGUCGCCAAGCUCUUCGCCGACAGCGCCACCAUCGCUAUCACCUCGUUCAUCUCGCCCUAUAUCGCGGACCGUCAAAUCGCGCGCGACCUGCACGAAGUCCCCACCCCGGGCGAGGAGACCGGUUUGCCCUUCAUUGAGGUCUUCGUUGAUGUUCCCGUUGAGGUUGCCGAGAAGCGUGACCCCAAGGGUCUCUAUAAGAAGGCCAGGACGGGUGAGAUUCAGAAUUUCACUGGCAUUAGUGCGCCUUAUGAGAAGCCUCUCAAGCCUGAGAUACAUAUCGAGAAUUAUGAUUUGCCGGUUGAGGAUGCCGUGAAGCAAAUUGUGGAUUAUUUGGAUGCCCAGGGUUACUUGCCUCCUAAGAAGGAGUAGAUCCUCUCUCGUGUAUCUCAUUUUUUCGUUGCAUGUGGGUUUGUUCUUGUGGAUAUUUGCGAACUAAAUCUGUUAAAUCGGUGAUCUAUAUAUAGAAUUUUACUCCUCUUUGGGGUCUUGGAUUGUGUUUC